AUGAUUGAAGACCCGAAUGCCAAACAGCAAUAUUUGAAGAAGGCAAUAGAGAGUGCAAGGAAGUCAGUAACAAUGGCACCGGCUUCUUUUGACUUUUCACCUUUUUAUGCGAAUUUGUUGUUUGAGCCGAAAAAUGAGGGGGAGUAUGAGGAGGUGGAGCAGGAGUGCGAGAGGGCAAUGGAAAUUGCAUCCCAGUUGCGUCAAAAGCUUUCCAAAACUGAGGCUCGUGUUGUCCAGUUCGAAAAUGAGAUACGGACUGUGAUUCAGAAGUUAAAUACUUCAACAGAGUGUCAUGGGAAGAUUUUCACACCCGCGGCUGCCGUUGCUCCUGUGCAAAAUGAGGAAUGGUCCUUGAUUCGGGAAUCCAAAAUUUCAUCCAUUUCGACCAGGACGAAGAAUCAUGGGAAUGUAGAGAAUUUUCCAUCAAUUCCAAUGAGAGUCUUUGACGAACCAAUGGAAUUGAGAUCAGUACUUGGGAGAAGGCUAAAUGAGAUUAAGAAGGCAACUAAGAAUCCUGAGUAA